UGCAUCCUCCUGCAGAGACUCACAGCUGACUGAAAACUGUUGCACUCCAUCGAGGGAAAGUGUCGGCCAUCAGUCAGGACCCGGAGAUUCUGUUACAUCCUCCUGCAACCAAAGCGCAGGCAGCGGUUUCUUUUUUCUGCACAAAGCCGUGCAAUCCAGACAUACUCCAAAAACAGAGAGAGAGAGAAAAAAAAAAGUUACGCAAGAGAAAGCGAUAUCAAGGAAAAGCUGCAGCUGAUCUCUGUUUUCAGGCUCGCCCGGAGACAAAACGGAAGCAAAGAAGAGCAGAGAUUGUGUUUCAUCUGGAAGGAGAAAAGGAAAAGAAAGAAGAAAAUGUCUAAACCCAACUACACUGGCACGUACCACAUGAUGGACCAGGACAACAUGGACAACUACCUCGGAGCUUUAGAUAUCAAUUUUGCCUUGAGGAAGAUUGUGUGUCUGCUGAAGCCCACAAAAGAGAUCACCCACGACCCCGCCACGGGGGCCAUGAGGAUCCGCACUCUCACAACCUUCAAGAACUUCAACAUGGAUUUCACCAUCGGAAAAGAGUUCACCGAAGACCUGGGGCCGGUGGAUGGCCGAACCUGCCAGACUACAGUGAGCUGGGAAGGAGACAAGCUGAUUUGUGUACAGCGUGGGGAGAAGGAGGGACGAGGCUGGACCCACUGGCUGGAGGGUGACAAGCUCCAUUUGGAGAUGAGAGUUCAAGGAAUCCUCGCCAAGCAGGUCUUCAAGAAGGCUGAAUGAAGCCGCAGCAGGACGGGCUGUAGUGAACAACCUCAUUUGAAAAGUAGCUGGUACAAGAAUGGAAUCAUGUUUGUAGUGUUUUUACUGUAAUCUGCACAUUGUUAUUAUGAUUAACAAUGUUUUAAAAGGUCACAAUAAGACUAUAAAAGAAUA